CAGGCUGUAGGUUAUGCAUCACUGCUCUAUCUGAUAGGUCUUGGCAGAUGGGAAGAUUGUGGACCUGAUGUCAACAGUGAAGAAGGAUAACACUGGAACAGAUCUCAAGAAUCUCUUUAUUGGAUCUGAGGGCACUCUGGGAAUCAUCACCAAAGCUGCCAUGAGCUGUCCAACACGACCCAAGAAGGUGUGCAUUGCUGUAGUGAGUUGCGAGACAUACGAUGACAUCAUGAAGACCUUCAAGAUUGCACGGGACACCCUCAGUGAAAUCAUAUCUGCUGUGGAAUUUUACGAUGCAGUGAGACUCACC